AAGAAGAUAGUAAUAUAAAAGAAAAAAAAGAUGUAAAAAAAUGUAGAAUUUGCAACUUAAAAGGUAAUAACACAUGCAUGUAUUCAGAUUUAGCAGUAUCUAAUAGUUCAGAAGACAAUUCAGAAGAUGAUAAUUCAGAAGGAGAUAAUUCAGAAGGAAAUGAUUCAGAAGGAAAUAACUUAGAAGAAACUA